AUGAAUUGGCGAUCAGAACGUAUAUGGGUAGAACUUAUAACGGGAUCUCGAAAAAUAAGUAAUUUCUGCUGGGCCUUUAUCCUUUUUUUCGGUUCAUUAGGAUUCUUGUUGGUUGGAAUUUCCAGCUAUCUUGGUAAGAAUUUGAUAUCUUUAUUUCCUCCCCAGCAAAUUCUUUUUUUUCCACAAGGGAUCGUGAUGUCUUUCUAUGGGAUUGCAGGCCUCUUUAUUAGCUCAUAUUUGUGGUGUGCAAUUUCGUGGAAUGUGGGUAGUGGUUAUGAUCGAUUCGAUAGAAAAAAGGGAAUAGUCUGUAUUUUUCGCUGGGGAUUCCCUGGAAAAAAUCGUCGCAUCUUUUUCCGAUAUCUUAUAAAAGAUAUUCAGUCUAUUAGAAUAGAACUUAAAGAAGGUAUUUAUACUCGCCGUGUUCUUUAUCUGGAAAUCAGAGGACAAGGAGCCAUUCCUUUAACUCGUACUGAUGAGAAUUUGACUCCACGAGAAAUGGAACAAAAGGCGGCUGAAUUGGCCUAUUUCUUGCGUGUCCCAAUUGAAGGAUUUUGA